AUAUAGAUAGCUGAAGCGCUGCGUCCGCAAAGAGUCUACGAGAACCCACAUUGAAGAUAACGGAGUUACUACCUAAGUCGACCUGUCGGUGGCAUGGAUAGGGGAAUCAGCGGCAAUGUUCUUUCAAAACCAAUUCCGAAUUCACACUCAGCUCUUCCAUGCCUAGUCGCUUCUCAGGGCAGUUCCCAAGCUGUUGAGAUCUCUACCUUGUCGUUUUCGGACUAUUUCAGCAUUCAAGGCGCAUCCGAAACCACCUUCACAUCAGUCAUAGCGCUAUAAGUCGGGUCUGGUAUGCUUGGGUUCUUAUGCGUCUCAGCCUCAACUGGACGCGUCAGCCCCAAUCAGGGGUAAAACCAGCGCUUGGCACAAGCACCCUGCCCUCUGAUGUUUUGGAACUGCCCGAAUAUCUCGAGCAACAGUGUAUCUGAGUCGUACGGCAGACUACAUUCAACCUUCAGCUGCAAUGCCUGACGCGAAGGGACCGAACGUACAACCGUCCCCCGAUGGCCUCUCCACAGAGUCCCGGCGCAGGCGGCCAGUUCCCGGACGCGGCCACUGUAAAUCCAGAAAAGGCUGCUUCAACUGCAAGAGACGCCGCGUCAAGUGUUCUGAAGAACUGCCAUCUUGCCGAGGUUGUCGACGACUUGGCCUUGAGUGCCAGUACCCCGGUGAGCUACCACGGCUGGCACUCAAGCCCGCCCAAAACCCCAACGCCACACCCUCAACCCUUCGCCUUGAGGACCUGCGGUUUUUCUACCACUUCCUCUCUGCAGCAUACCCUUCACUUCCCUUCGGCUUGCAUGACGUGUGGCAGACGGUCGCCGCCAUGUCGCAUGAGUACGACUUCCUCGCGCACGCUGUCCUCGGCCUGGCAGCACAGCACCUUACAGCAUGCACCGCGUCCGACUUCUCGGUCCCAGCUCUCAGCCAUCGGGUAAGCGCCAUUACCGCCCUGAACGGCGCUCUCUCGGAGCCCUGCGCCUCCAGAGAAGAUGCCGAUGCCAGGUUCGCCGCCGCUAUUCUCCUCACAUUUCAGUCAAGUUACAUGCCCGAUGCCAUGAUGGAUUUUAUUGGCAUGCUGCGCGGUUGGAUGGUAAUCCAGACGACGGUUGUCCCAUCGAUGGGCGAGUCUAUCUUUCAUGACAUCACCGAGGAGACUUAUGUCGGGAGCAUGAAGAAGCUGCUCCAGCUGAAUCCGGUGGCCGACCUGGAGAUCGGUGCAGGAACUGAGCUGCAGGACAUAUUGGAGGGGUUCUUAGCCUCGCUUCGACUGCUGGCGCCACUCUGUCGGAGCACGGCUGAGUUGCAUUACCUGGCUUCCAUGGAGAGGAUCGCCCGGAUGAGCGAGGCCUCUCCUGUCCAUGCUUGUCUCGAGCUUGUCCCUUUGUACGCCGCAACCAACGAGAUGGACUCGGACGAGUUUGCAAGCUUCACAAACCCAAUCAACUAUACCGCUCAGAUACUGCUCGUCCACUUCUGGAUGUUGACCCAUGUGUUACAGCAUCACUCGCUUGGGGCAGCCCGCUCUUAUGUCCUGAAAGACGAGAUCCUCUUCCAAUGGGUCGAGACGGCCGCGCAGAAACUGCCACCGAGCCAUAAGCGCUAUGUGCUGUGGCCGCUGGGAAUGGCAAGUCAGGGGCUGUUUCGUCGUCUGAAUGAGACACUGGGAAGCGAUGGGCUCGAUUACAGGGCUAACCGGUGGCAUUGCGGCUGAAGGGAAGUGAUGAUACGGCGUAAUCUGGCAAAACGACGAAAGCGACGGCAGAGCCAAUCACAACUCAAAUUGGAAAAGGAGGCAGCUAGACGAACUCGUCCAAGUCACAACAUCUUCAUGUUUUAUUCCUCCCUCGCAAGGCCCCAUUACCUUUGACGCGUAAUCGUCGACGGUAGAACGACGAACCCAGCCCCUGAACUGCCAUCACCGACGAUGGCUCGAGUCUUUCUACCAGGUGGUGAACAGCCGCAUAAGAACUCGAAGGGAACCAAAUAAAAGUUGACCAGGACAGAUCACCGUGACAAUUCUCGACCCAUCUUCACACACCACCGUCCCCUACAACUCCCUUCCAAAUCAAACGCCAUACCUGACCAGAAACCAAUUCAAUCAACCCCAUCAACCUAAAACACCACAACCACCACAGCACCGAAAAGCAUACAAUGUCCACGCCGUCCG